UAUUACUAUAUCAAAUGCAAAGAGCUGGAUGGCCUUUUGGAGCCUUUCUUCUUCUCUUCCUCUCCUUGGCCUCCUGUCUCUCUUGCUUUCCCAUCAAACCUCCUUGAUCACAACCACUAACACCAACAAUGUUAACAUUCAGGUGUCAGAUGGACGGGUUGGGUCAAACUCUUCUGUAUUCCGUGAGGCCCCUGCAUUUCGCAAUGGGGAGACUUGUGGUAAUAAUUUGGUCACGGAUCGAAUUCAUGUGGCCAUGACACUUGAUGCUAAUUAUUUAAGAGGUACUAUGGCUGCAGUGUUAUCGAUACUCCAACAUUCAACGUGCCCUGAAGAUGUCACAUUUCAUUUCCUAUGGGUAAGACAUGAACAUGAGGUGUUUUCGAGUAUUAAGGCAACAUUUCCUUACCUUAAUUUUAAGGUGUAUCGAUUUGAUGUCCAUAGGGUACGUGGCUUAAUUUCUAAGUCUAUACGUCAAGCUUUAGAUCAACCUUUGAAUUAUGCAAGGAUUUAUUUGGCUAAUUUGAUACCUAAUGAGGUGAAACGCGUUAUUUAUCUUGAUUCUGACCUUGUCAUGGUUGAUGACAUCGCGAAGUUAUGGAAGGUUGAUUUAGGUGACAAGGUUUUGGCUGCACCCGAAUAUUGUCAAGCAAAUUUCACCGUUUACUUUACUGAAGCGUUUUGGUCUGAUCCAUACAUGCCAAGAACAUUUGAAGGGCGAAAACCGUGUUAUUUCAACACAGGGGUGUUGGUAAUGGAUGUUGAUAAAUGGAGACAUGGAAAUUAUACCAAAAAAGUAGAGGAUUGGAUGGUUCUUCAAAAGCAAAAGAGGAUAUAUCAAUUAGGGUCAUUGCCUCCAUUUUUGCUUGUUUUAGCAGGAAAUAUAAUGCCAAUUGAUCAUAGAUGGAAUCAACAUGGAUUAGGUGGUGAUAACGUUGAAGGUAAAUGUAGGGAAUUGCAUCCUGGACCAAUUAGCCUUCUACAUUGGAGUGGCAAAGGCAAGCCAUGGUUGAGAUUGGAUUCAAGAAAACCGUGUAGCGUUGAUCAUCUAUGGGCUCCCUAUGAUCUUUACCGUUCCUCUAGACAUUCAUUCGAGGAGUAACAUGUCAC